AGUCAGCGUCGGCGGGGGAUGGAAGCGUCCUCAGGCCGCACCAUCGCCCGGAGGGGAGCCAGGGGCAGCGCAGCACCCCCGAGCUGCAGCAAGCCCUAGACACGCCGAGGGGGAGGCGCAGAGCCAGAGCACAAACUACACGCCUGCUCCAGACUCACCGCCCGCCCGCGGCCACAGCAACCGGAAACGGAACUCCAAUGGGUCGCCACCACCGAGAGCCGUAGGGAGGGGAAACUGGGAAGGGCCCACACGCCGCACCCAGGAAGGCAGGGCCUCGCCACGCCACUCCUUCGAAGUGCCACUAAGGCCGCCGGAGCUGGGCCCGCAGCAGUGUGGGGUGCACGAUCGUCAGAGGCUGUGCGAGCUCCCCGUGGGCCUGGGGGCGGUCCAGACACGCCCCUUCCCACCGAGAGCCAGUCGCCGUUCAGAUAUGUCCCUACCGCGCAGUCUCACUGCUCCCCAAAUCCUCGCAGACUCGAGUUCCCGCGGACAGGCGCUGGCUUUGAACCCAAUCGACCUACCGCAGGUGGAAUCCGCCACCACCUCCCACUGACGGCCCCCAUCGAUCAGACUUUCUAGAGGUGUUAAGAGGCCGAGGUAGAAGAAAUAAGGACUUUAAUGAAGACUAUUUCCCUUUGGUAUAAGACAUCCAAACCAAAAAUAGGCGAUGGCCAAGACUAAAAACCAAAAACCAGUCGACCCCCCUUGUUCACAAGGCCUACAGAGUGAGCUCGCAAGAUUUCUGUCCUGGCUGCAUUGGCCCGCAAGCGGAAGGUAGGAUCUUAAGUAAGAUUUCA